AUUUCCAGUCUCUCACAGUCUGUCUGGUGUACUAGAACUAGCAGUCAGUAGUAUAGUCGGUGCGCGCUCCGUACAGACUUGUGUCGUACUGUACUUGACUUGUGGUACAUGAUUGCACUUUGCUAAUGGUCGACCUCGGCGUGAACUACGUACGCAACAUCCGACACAGGGAGGCAGACCGGGCGGACAUUGUCGUGAGCAUGAAGACCGCCCCCUCGGAGAGCCCCGCGGGGCUGACCACGGCCAAGUUCAUCAUGGCGGAGCAGCAAGCGGGCAAGGACAACGGCGUGGAGGCCGGUGACCCCAGGCGCCUGGGGGAGCUGGCCAAGAAGAGCAAGAAGCUGGAGCAGGAACUGGUGAAGAAGUCGAAGAAAGAGGAGGAGCUGGCGAAGAAGGCCAGGAAGGAGGAGGAGAUCAAGAGGAAGAAGGAAGAAGAGCUGGCGAAGAAGAACAAGAAGAAGGAGGAGGAAAAGAAGAAGGUUGUGGAAGAAGUGUUCACCAAGACCAGGAAAGAGGACGAAGUGCUAAAGAAGAAAAAGGACGGGAAGAACGAAGAGGUGAAGAAUGCCGAAAACGACAAGCAAAAUGCGAACGAAAAAUCGACUUCCAAGAGCACCAAGAUAGUUAAUAAAGGGAAGACAUACUGCCAGGCCUGCAAGAAGAAGUGUUCCGGAGAGGUGCUCAGGGUACAGGACAAGUACUUCCAUAUCGCUUGCUUCAAGUGUACAGUCUGCAAGAAUUCUCUGGCCCAGGGAGGGUUCUUCUUCAAGGAUGGAGUGUAUUACUGCACCAGUGACUAUCAGAAGCAGUUCGGCACCAAGUGCGCCAACUGUGGCCUCUACGUCGAGGGUGAGGUGGUCAGUGCCCUGGGCAAGACUUAUCACCAGAAAUGUUUCACUUGCGCCAGAUGCAGACAAGCGUUCCCGAGUGGUGAGAGAGUGACGUACACGGGCAAGGAAGUGCUGUGUGCAAAGUGUGUGCAGAUCCCUGUACGAGAGACUCAGUCCCUUCAGUCCAGCCCCACCAGCACUUCUGGCACAGAAUGUGCUGGCUGCAAGGAGGAGCUGAAGGAGGGACAGGCUCUGAUUGCCCUGGACAGACAGUGGCACAUCUGGUGCUUCAAGUGUAAGGCUUGCGGAGCUGUCUUACACGGAGAGUACAUGGGCAAGGAUGGAGUGCCUUACUGUGAGAAGGACUACCAGAAGCAGUUUGGAGUCAAGUGUGCUUACUGCAGCCGCUACAUCUCCGGCAAGGUGCUUCAGGCGGGAGAUAACCACCAUUUCCACCCGACCUGUGCUCGGUGCACCAAGUGUGGGGAUCCCUUUGGUGAUGGCGAGGAGAUGUAUCUGCAAGGUGGGGCGAUAUGGCAUCCGCGGUGUGGCCCCGGUCCGACAGAGAAUGGCACGGUGCUGAAUGGCUCAGUGAAUGGCCACACUACCGAUACUGAUGGAGAGGGCAAGGAUGUCAGAGACUUCGACCGUAUGAGCAGCUCAGCUGUCAGCGAGAUGCAGUUCUCAAUGCGUUCGCGCACCCCGAGUUUGAACGGAUCACUCUAUAGCCCCUACAAUAGCCUCAAUAGAAAGUACGGGUACCAGCGUGCUGGCAGCCCAGGUCUGAUCCUGCGAGAGUACAAGAGUCUGCAGUACCCGGAGGACAUCAGCCGCAUCUACACGUACAGCUACCUGACCGAGGAGCCUACGCAGGGCUACCUGAAGCGGCCUAUCGACCCAUACGACAAGCCCCCCACCUCACCUCAUUUUCACAGACCCUCCUCCGCCCACUCCAUGCGAGGUAGCAGCAAGUCUUCUACGCUGCGCAGCUGCAGCUCCCGCUCUGGGAUGAAGGUGCUGGUGGACUCUAUCCGCUCGGAGACGCCCCGCCCACGCUCGCCACACAUGAACAACGAGGAGCCCAUCGAGCUCGCCCAUUACCCGGGCGGUCACCCACCCAACCCCGGUGAGAAACCCAAGAUUGAGAGAGAUGACUUCCCUGCUCCCCCCUACCCCUAUACUGACCCCGAGAGGAGGAGGCGAUGGUCUGACUCGUACAAAGGAGUGCCGGAGUCGGACGAUGAGGAUACGAUAGAUGGAGCCACUGAACAGGAAAUGAAAGAGAGGAAGCUGAAGAAAGAAGAAGAAGAAUUAAGCAAGAUUGCAUCUGGAAUAGGGAAAGUGUUUCUGCAGAAUGUAAGAGAAAGAGAAAAGAUGCGUCAAUACAAGCGUGAACACAUUGAUCCACGGAACGCCUCACGGACCCCGAACGCAGCGAAGGAGCCAGCGUAUAGGCUACGCUAUCAGUCACCAGUCAAUGCUUCACCGUCUCGCAACUUGGAUGCCCCAAGACCGUGGGAAGAAGAUGAACUGUUUGACCGCAGCUCCAGCUACCGUUCGUCCAUGGGGCGUUCCGUAGGUGCCAUUCCAAGCUACAACGUUGUGAGUGCACUAAGACAUGUGCCCAAGCCUGGCUACGGCCUCGCACCUAGAUCACACACGUUCAGCUCUACAGCAGGCAGUGCCACCCCUGGUGAUUUCUCAUUUAGUGGCCUUGGGGAGAAAACACACAGUACGGACUUUAGUAGCGGCAAAUCAGACAUUUCUGGCGGCUCAGUCUCCGAGGUGGGCAGGGGUCCUCUGGGUCCUGAGCUAGCCACAUCGUCGACAUAUACGGGAGGUCUGGGCUAUGUGCCGUCUUACAGCCCCCACCUACGGCGGUCACUGCCCAACAUGGCUGCCUCUCACUCCUCCGAGCCCCCCAAGAUAUACCCUUAUCAUCUGCUGCUUAUCACCAACUAUAGACUGCCUGCCGAUGUCGAUAGGUGUAAUCUCGAGCGUCACCUUUCGGAAGCCGAGUUUGAAACACUGUUCCAGUGCUCUCGGAUAGAGUUCUACCGACUGCCACAGUGGAAGAGGAAUGAACUCAAGCGCCGAGCCAGGCUCUUCUAACCUCUCAGAUUCAGCCCCUUGCACAAAUCUACUCUUGUACCACUCGCUUGGACCGCCACAGCAGUUACGUUCUUCGAAGGUUGCUUUUCUCCGAUGGUGCUUCUGGUUUUAUCGAACAGCCCGACCUGCUUGAUGGGACAAUCCGAUAUGUCGAUGAUGCUCGUUUCUGAAUUAAAUAGUGCACAUAGUUUAACCUCCCUAGUUGUUUAAUUCCUUAUGUUAAGUCUGUGCUACGUUUCACUUCUCUAUCAGACUAAUCUCUGAUAGGUUACCACCAAGAUUAAUGUAGGCAUUGAACUGUCAGUGAGUGUUAAGUGCUGAUUCACGAUGAAAUACUUUCUGUUUUAAAGUUUGUCGAACAACUUGAAAAAUUCUGUUAUUGUUGAUCACACUUAUCAUAUGCUUUAUUAAUACAGUAAUUUGCUAUUUUAAAUAUGUUGACUUCCAUCUAUUUUAUUAUUACGCAGGUUUUUGUGUAUUCAUUUUAUUACUAGACUUAUUUUAUCGUGCUGUAAUUUAAACAAUAUAGGAUUAUCUUCUAUUCUGUAUCCAAGAAUUUAUUUGUGUACAGGGUUUCCUCGCUUGAUUUUGGUAUUGCUGAAAGCUUUAUUUAUUGUGUAUAGUGUAUAUUAUUAUGUAGAUUUAUUAUUCGACACAGGUCCUAUUGUAGCUUAUGCCCUAUUGAUUCAGAAACGUUGGCCUUUGCUGAUAUCUAGAUAAAUUCUAAUGUUAUAUUGUAUAAUACUAUAUUCCGAUAUUCAACUAAAUAUUGUAAAAACUACUUAGCUUAGCCAGGCGCCCCUGAUGUGUGAACGGUGUAUUUAUCCAGUCUACAUUUGGGUGGUUAGUGCUAGACGUAGAGUUAGGUUCAACAUUUUGUACUCUAGUUUUUGUUAAUUUCGUCAGUAAACAUGAUACGUCUUUUAGGCUCGCACAUUCGUCAAAAGUUGCGUUUUUCUAAGUUACCAUUUUAUUCUGCUAAAAAAUUUAAUUUAUCCUUUUUGCAUUAAAAUUAUUUCUAUUGUGGAAUUUUUAUUUUGUGCACGAUUGUUUUUAAGCACAUUUUUAAAACUGUCAGGCAGAUUUUCUAAACUGCACAUGUUCUUCAACAACUGAUAAUACGAGUUUAAUCCGGCAUGUUCUAGUUCUGAGACUGGCAGAACAGGGAAUAUUUUGUGUUAUAGACAAUUUAAAUGAAUUAAUGUAAAUUAAAUAUUAUGAAAUGAAAAUUGUGUUCUUUCGAGCACAAUUUAGUUGUGAAUAUAAGAUAUGGAUCGUGAAAACAUUGGAUUCAAGUCCGCAAACAUACCUCGUUCAAACAAACGUCAUUAACAUUUAACAUAGUGCAACGGAGGAAAUCAAAUAGCGAACUCGAAAUGCCAAACAAAUUUGCAGUGCACCAAGUAUUCAACUCAAUGUGGAUUUAAUUUUUAAUUUGUGAUUUCUUAUAAUUUAACAGUUUGCCAACAUGUGGUUGGGGAAAAUGCCGGAUUAUAGUGCAUUCCAAAUUAUAGAGAUAUUAAUAUAUAUUAAUAAUGCUAUUGGUAAAAUUUUGGUUUAUGAAAAAGUUAUAUUUACCAGCUAGUGUUUAAAUGUAGGAAGUAUUUCUAAAGUUUAUUAAGAGUUGCCAAUUUUUAUACAUAUCUCAUUCAGAUGGUUAGCUUUAAAAUUAUGUACAUGUUUCAUAUUAUAGAGUGUUAUUUUCUAGAGGAAAUUUCCAAAAGUUGGAUACAGUAAUUUAAAUGUUAUUCAGUUGUAUUUUCACUUUUAUAUUGAUUUUCUUUACUGACUCCUCAUUAAGUUCAUAUGUAAUUUAAUAUCUAAAACCAUUAAAUUUUAUGUUACUGAUAUGUUUAGUAAUUAAGUAAGAUUAAAGAAGUUAUCUGUUCUCUUAAGUAUACAAGUAAUUUAAAAGGAUUAAGUAACGUUCAUCUGUAAUUUUUCGAUAAAUAUAAUGCAUUCUUGUUGACGUUUUGAAUUGUAAUUUUUGAUUUUGUGGUAAAUACUCAUCGAGUAAUGACUUGCUUGAUGUAAAAGGUGUUAUUUAUAUGUUUAGUGUACGAGACAUGUAGUCUUUAAAAUCUACGAGUGCUUCUUGAAUGCCAUCACUGCCAUGCCAAGAACAUUGUCUUAAUAAAACACAACUACACGUUAAUUUUCUAACAUAUAAUUGGAAUGUAAAAUGUUGAAGUUUGAGAACAUGUUUUCCUGUCUAAAGAGAUAAACACAAAGCCACUCUUAAGAUUCUAAACAUCGGACAUUCCUACUUAACUAUUUAAGUUACAGUAAUUUUGAAAAUUCACAAAAACUAUCUUGCCUUAAGCUGUAUUAUUAAUUUAAAUGUAAUACAAAAUACAUAUUUUAACAUCAAUACUUAUAUUCAGUGUAUAGAAGUCAUAUUAUCUUUUUCUGGUAUUUUUAGAAAGAUAAUGAGUUUAAUAACGAAUUUAGCUAUUGGUUAUACAGUCUGAGAGUCUUAAACUAAAGUUAAUCUGGUGAAGCAGGGAUCCAACAAGGUAGAUACAAAUUGUAUUUUACUUAAUGAAGGGAAACAAUGUUGUGAUGAGAUAGUAGCUGAUAUUUAAAAAGAUUAUAUUGUAUCUAUGCUUUGUAGUGUGCAUUCAAUAAUAAAACAUUGGACUAAGUUCCUAGAUUACAAAUGA